UGCGCUCAUGGUGGCAGGGAGGGUCAAUUCUGCAUCCGAGUCCCCCGCAGGUAAACUGAUGAUGGUGGCUUCCCCAAGGAGAUUACAGAUGCGCUGCUGCAUAGCGGUCAGGAUGACAGGCACGGGCGUACAGUCCGCGGAUGUCCCCUCAAUUGCCGCUCUUGCUUGGGCCACUUUGCGCCUAACUUCAGUCUUCAUAUCGGACCACUUCUUCUUGACUUCAGCCAACUCUCUUGGACAGUCCAACGAUGCUCAACGGGGCGCCGACCCAGGUGGCGGGCAUAAGGAGGACCCAUCCGCACCCGUUCCACGGGCACCGACAGAAACGGAAUGUUCGGUGUCGGAAGGGGGGAACUGCAACCCAUCGCAUCUCUGCGAGGUCUGCGGUGGACCCGAACAGGACCACAGACUCAAGGUGCUGUUUCAGGUCCUAGAUGUGAACGGGGAUGGUGGGAUCUGCAUCAACGACUUGACCAUUGGGCUCAAGAAACUGGGGGUUCAUCGGACAGAACACGAGUUAAUGAAAAUAGUAAAAGCAGGCGACAAGGACCUGGAUGGCCAGCUGGACUUUGAGGAGUUUGUUCACUACCUGAGGGAUCACGAGAAGAAACUGAGGCUCGUCUUCAAGAGUCUGGACAAGAAGAAUGACGGUCGUAUUGACUGCCAGGAGAUCAUGCAGUCCUUAAGAGACCUGGGGGUCACCAUCUCUGAGCAGCAGGCAGAGAAGAUCCUCAGAAGAAUAAGGAGGGGUCAAAUGUGGGCACCUAUCAUGGUCAUGGACAGGAAUGGCACUAUGACCAUCGACUGGAGUGAAUGGAGAGACUACCAUUUGAUGCACCCAGCAGAUAACAUUCCUGAGAUCAUAUUGUACUGGAAACACUCUACAAUUUUUGAUGUUGGGGAGAGUUUGAUGGUGCCUGAUGAGUUCACCGCGGAGGAGAAGAAAACUGGCAUGUGGUGGCGCCACCUGGUGGCAGGAGGAGGAGCAGGCGCUGUCUCCCGGACCUGCACGGCCCCACUGGACAGGCUAAAGGUCCUCAUGCAGGUCCACGCCUCCCGUAGCAACAGCAUGGGCAUUGCAGGCGGCUUCACCCAGAUGGUCCGGGAGGGGGGCGUGAGGUCGCUAUGGCGAGGGAACGGCAUCAAUGUCAUCAAGAUUGCCCCAGAGUCCGCCAUUAAAUUCAUGGCUUACGAGCAGAUCAAGCGUCUGAUGGGCAGCAACCAGGAGACCCUGGGCAUCCUGGAGCGGCUGGUGGCCGGCUCACUGGCGGGGGUCAUCGCCCAAAGCAGCAUCUACCCUAUGGAGGUUCUGAAGACACGCCUGGCCCUCAGAAGGACAGGCCAGUAUUCUGGUAUAGCAGACUGUGCAAAACACAUUUUCCGAAAGGAAGGCUUGGCUGCCUUUUACAAAGGCUAUGUCCCCAACUUGCUGGGGAUCAUCCCCUACGCUGGCAUCGACCUGGCUGUCUAUGAGACCCUGAAGAACUCCUGGCUGCAGCACUAUGCCAGCACUAGCGCGGACCCCGGUGUGUUUGUCUUGCUGGCAUGUUGCACCACCUCCAGCACCUGCGGCCAGCUGGCCAGCUACCCGCUAGCCCUGGUUCGGACACGCAUGCAGGCACAAGCCACACUGGAGGGGGGACCCCAGAUGAGCAUGAUGGGGCUGUUCAGACACAUCGUGAGGACGGAGGGAGCUACGGGCCUCUACCGGGGCCUGGCCCCCAACUUCAUGAAGGUCAUCCCCGCAGUCAGCAUCAGCUACGUGGUCUACGAGAACCUCAAGAUCAGCUUGGGGGUGCAGUCGCGCUGAACACGCACAAUGGACAUUAUUUAUUCAUUUUGCUUUUGAAAAGAGAAGUUGUAAGGGUGGUCAAUCCCUCCUUUAUCUCCUGGUCUAGAGAGGCUCUGCUCAGCUAGUCAAGGGGAUGAAUGAAGAGAGGAAAGGAUGCAGCACCACGGACACAUGGAAGACUGCUUAGCUCAUCAUCACCUAGGAAUUAUUUAAUGAAAACAAUCACUUCAGCAACAAACAAAAAAAACAUGAUAACUUGUAUCAGUUUCAUCAUGCUGUCCAUUGUACUGGUGUCCCAGUACCCUAGGAUCUACGUGGGGAUAUGGACAUGCUUGACUGACAGGAAGGUGUUGUGUGCGGGGGAUCACAGAUCAACAAGGGCAGCUACAGUUCUUGUGUAUCAGGGUUGUGUCAGCAUGUCUUGUUUGUGGAAGAGUCAGUAUCCUAAAUACUUAACCUAAUACCAUUUUUUGUCAGCACUGUACACCAUUUGAAAUUUGUCCAUUUGUCAAACUAGUUUCUAGUUAGUCUUUAGUCUGCUGGUCCCCAUUCUCCCUGAAUGACUUGAAGACCUGCAGGGUCAGCCCAGUGUGUGUUUAUGUCCAGUUGGUCUUCAACUGGAAAAUACAUGAGAUGUAUUUGCUAUGCUAAUUUAUUUUUGUAUAUUCUAAACCAGAUUUUUAUUUAACUGCGAUGGCUACUUAAGGUGUGUUUUCUUAAGUUUAAGUACUGUUUCAGAGAUGGAACACAAUAUCAUAAUGAUAUUUUGCAAUGUAGGGGGGAUACCGGCCAAUCGUCUAGCUGGAUUAGCAGAUCUGAUUGACUGGGUUAGGGUUACAGUUACAACUCACGUAGGAAAAUGCAUAAAUGUAAAUGAUUAGCUUGACUACAAGGAUCUCUCUCCAACACAACCUGGCUACUGACAGACUAAUAUUUUCAUCAUCGCACUAACCCAGCCUGGACUGGAACUGGAAACAAGCAGUGAACUCAGAAAAUAAUAAAGAGUUCCUCCUUUUAACAACACUAAGUGAAAAUGUGUAGGAACACAUUAAUUACAUGAAUAACUGGUCUGUAACACACAACCAUUAAGAAGGAAGAUCUCAGGUUCUGCAGUCACAGGAACAUGUUUCUGCUCUGAACAUUUUAGUUACCCUUUAACACACAUCCCUCUGCUUGUGUCCAGUCAUGAAUGUGUACUUGGUUAAUACUUAUGCACUUUAAAGUAGUUUGCUUUAAACAGACUGAAAGCUUCCAUGUAUUUUCUGUAUGAUAAGGAGUAUGCUAGCAUUACAUUUACACUUUGUGUUAAACUGUUCUGGCAUUGCCUUUAUAAGGAGAGCAUGGGCCCUGUUCCCCUGCCUCUUGUUGUGUUAGGGUUAGGGAACUGAGGAUAGGUUAGGGUUAGGGAACUGAGGAUAGGUUAGGGUUAGGGAACUGAGGAUAGGUUCGGGUUAGGGAACUGAGGAAAGGUUAGGGUUAGGGAACUGAGGAUAGGUUAGGGUUAGGGAACUGAGGAUAGGUUAGGGUUAGGGAACUGAGGAAAGGUUAGGGGUUAGGGAACUGAGGAAAGGUUCCCCUCAUGCUGCUGCAUGUUCAAGCCUCAGACAACUGGGCAUGUUGACUGAAGAUGUUUUGGGGUCUGGACAUGGUAGAUGCUGAUGUGUGUUAGCAGGCACUGUCUCUCUGCGGCUUACAGUCGUAAAGAAUCACCUCCCCAAACCUCACCCUCAGAGCCACUUUCCUAGGGGUCAGAUCCUGCUCUUCCCUGGUGUGUCCAGGCUGCUACUUCAUUGCAUGUAUCAGAGGAAAUUAGAUGCAGAUAUUACAUUUGUACAAAAGCAAAUGUCCUAGCUGGCCAAUAGCAACACUAUACUGGAAAGUGGCGCCUUAUCUUGUUUAAACAGCAAACUCGGCUUUUGCAACUUCAAAUGCUUAUUUUAUCCUUUACUGCUGAAGGCAGAUAUGUAGUAUUUUUAUAGGUCUUCAGAUUUUCCCUUAGUAUGAAAAAUAUAAAUUGAUAUUACUGGCUAUUUCACCUUGUCAAAUCUAUGAAUUAAUCUAUUUAUGCUGUAAGGGAAGAACUCAAAUAAACAUA